CACACAGGGCCCUUCCUCACAUGUCUCCAGACUAGUCUGUCAAAACACGCAGCAUGUGAAGCCCCUGCGAUCCACCAGAUUGGAAAACUUUCUCCCUGGAUAACGUUACUUCAUUAAGCGGCUUUAAAUGUGCAUCUCUUCCGGAUAAUAUUUUGACGGUUUUCCUCCCCUCUUUCUCACACAUUGGCUCAGAGGGCUUUCUCUGGACUGAGAUGGUGCAAUGCUCCGCAGGACAGCACCGCGUGUAUGUUGGUUGUGGAUCCUGCUCUCCAGUGUGUUAGUAUGGAGAGUUCACUGCGCCAGUGGGCAGAGCUGUCAUGAGGUUAAAACCGCUUUCCAGCUGCGCCAAGUCGGUUCAUUAAGAUGGGUUCCGGAGACCGCAGCAACAGAUGCAGAUCUUCUUAUCUGCAAACACCAGGGUCCCACAUGUUGCACCCGUAAGAUGGAGGAGAGCUACUACGCCGCCGCCCAGAGAGACACACACCACACCAUUCUCUCCUAUAGCUUCGAACUCAAAUAUCUCAUCUUGGGCCAUGCCUCUACGUUCCAGGAUACCUUCCAUUCCCUACUCUCCUUCACGCUAAACAAUACCUACUCGCUCUUUGACAGCACCUACAAGACAAUCUCUCAAGACGCAAGACCUUUAGUGUCCACCCUCUUCUCGGACCUUGAUCUCUACCUCCGUGGCGAUGCCAAUAUCUCCGUGGAACAAUCCGUCCACAGUUUCUAUGACAAACUCUUCCCGUUGGUGUACCAACACCUGGUCAAUCCUGGCUUGGGCUCUCCUGUUUCUACCUGGUCCUCCGAAGGAAGCGAGUGCCUACGUGCCACAAGGCAUGACGUCAACCCCUUCGGCCCUCACCCACAGGCACUUGCUCGGGGACUGUCUAGUGCACUUGUGGCUGGUCGUGCCCUCAAUCGGGCGCUGGCAAUGGGCGCCGAGGUUCUGAAUGUCACCGAGUCGGUGGGGUUGACAAAGCAGUGUGGACGUGCACUGGUGGGGAUGUUGUUCUGCCCGCACUGCCGCGGACUGACCCUGAUCCGGCCAUGCGGAGGGCUGUGUCUCAAUGUGAUGCGAGGGUGCCUGACAGGCCUGUCUGAGCUGGACAGGCCCUGGCGACACUAUGUAGCAUUGCUGGAAGUGCUGAGCGGGGCACUAGCAGGGGGAUACGAAUUGGAACUGGCACUUCUACGCAUCCGGGAAAGAAUUAAUGAUGCCAUCCUUAACGCGCAACUGCAUGGGCCACAUCUCAGCGCCGUGGUUGGCAAAGUUUGUGGUUCCUUGACUGAAUCGGUUUCCUCCACUCCAGUCAGUCUCGCCUCAAGAAGUUUGACUCCUUUAGUAAACCCCACCAUUGGACUUCAAACCACAGUCACGUCCUCCAGUCCGACAACACUACCUGAAACAGGCAACCAACAUGAGCACAUAACGCAAAAAAAAAGGUCUCUACCUCUGAAACCUUCCAAAAACAACAAACCCAGAAGCCUGAAAAAGAUUUCAAAGGAGUUUAUGGGCUACAUUCAGCGAUACAAAUCGUUCUUCUCCACCCUGCCAGAGAUGCUGUGCGAGGGGGAGGUAGUGAUGGAUGAAAACACCUGCUGGAGUGGAGAAGAUGUGGUUGAGAGUUAUACAGGCCAUGUGGUGGGGAAUGGACUGCAAGCCCAAAAACAAAACCCAGAGAUAAAGGUCAGAAGUGUGGAUCCAAACUUGGUCAACGUGAAGGAAAAGCUAGAGCACUUUAACAAGGAGAUGUGGAGUGAGAUGGGUUUAGGAACAGAUGGUGAUGAGGAUGUCGAGACAAGCGGCGGCGACAUGGCAGAAGGCAGCGGCGAGUGCGAUGAUGAAGACGGCUGUCAUGGAUCGGGCCGGGGUGACGAGACAGUGCCCACUGAAAACUAUGUACUAAUUUCACCACAGGAAGGCUUUAUCCCAAUCCAACCCGAACCGGACCCGCGCGCCAAAGGAGUCACCCACAUCCCAACCAUCUCAGCUGUCCUAUUUCUUGCUCUUUUACCCAUAAUACAGCUCCUUCUGUGGCCUGAUGGUGUCUGACGCACACUAGAAAAGACUGAGCGAUUCACGCAUGCAUUUGCACUAGGCCCUUAGAAGUCUGCACAUUCGUCUUCUGAUCUCCUCAGAUGAUCAUUAAGUUCUUCAAACACUGGGUAUUCGUUUGCUCUGGCCUGUUUUAAAGGGUUUUAUGUAGCUACUAAGUAGUGUAAGGAGACACAAGUGUGAUGAGGUCCGCCUUCAUUUCUUUGGUGGUUUAAUAUCAUAUUUUGUAGUGCCGCUGUUUUGACUUUUUGAAUGAGGAUUUACAAAUACCUUCAUCUGGUUUGGCACAUUUUAGAGUAAUAUAUCACAUCCUGAGUUCAUUCACACCCUCCUGCAGGUACUGGGAAGGCUGCCCAUAUACCUAUAUACACUCACCUAAAGGAUUAUUAGGAACACCUGUUCAAUUUCGCAUUAAUGCAAUUAUCUAAUCAACCAAUC